UCAAUUCGUCAUAUUAACGGUAAAAAAGCUGGACUUGUUGCAUAACGAGUGCAAACACUUUAUAACAGGUGUUUUGGAAUGACUAAUUCCUUGUGACGGUAAUGACGCGGCGCUAAUAGGAUUUGAGCUCUCGCCUUCCUGUUGCUAGUUUGAAGAGUUUGCAGGGAUAAUGAGGGCGGAGCUUUGUGCAGUGCGUGAGAAAGUGGUUUCUCUGUAGUAGUGGUUUAAUCUGAGUGAGAGCAUGAUAUAAUGAAUAUCGAGUACACAGGAGAUUUCCUACUGCAGGGCAGUGCUUAACGUGAUUAUGCUCUGGAAUUUAAUUUACUGAGCUCUUAAAAUGAGACAAAUUGUAACUUUGCAUUAUGUGGAAAUAUCUCAAAUGAUUUCAAAUCGUGAGUGCAAUCGGGAAUGAUGAUGAUUAUUAUUUGUAAAUCAUUUGAUGUUUUCUGUUUGUGUGCCAAACACAGUGUGGCUGCAGGUUCCUGUAUCCCGACAUGGGCAAACUACAGAGCAAGUUUCGAAAGAGGUCUGACCUUUACAGAGCAUCUCAGGGAGAGAAGGCUGAAAACUCCUGUGACAGUCAGGUGUUGCAGUACGAGCCCGCCCAUCAUGGAUCCAUCAAUACUGUGACUAACCUCAGCCCGGAUUUAUGUGUCUCUGGUGGGACCGACCAGGCCGUGGUAGUGUACGACUGGAAACAAGGCCGAAUGUGUCAGUCCUUCCAGGGCCACAACCGGGAGGUCACCAAGGUGCUUUGUUAUCCAGGUAGUACGUGGAUCUUUAGUGCCUCACGGGACAAGACCGUUCUGAUGUGGGACCUAAACCAGGGAGAUGAGCCCAUUCAAGAGUUCUGUGGGCACGAGUUGGUGGUUAAUGGGAUAGCUGUCAGCCCAGAUGGGACAAAGCUGUGCACUGGCUCUCGAGAUAACUGGAUGUGCCUGUGGGAUAUAGAAACAGCAAAAUGUGAACAGAGACACAAUAUUUCUAGAAACCUGGUGACUCAUGUAUGCUGGGUUCCGGCUAGCUCCUCUGUCGUGCAGACGUCUGAGGAUAAAAUGAUAAGAGUCUGGGACAGCCGUACGUGGCAGGUGACCCACACUUUUCCAGCCAAGCAAUACAUCCAGACCCACUGUGACGUCUCUCCGAAUGGUAACCACCUGAUUUCCAGCAGCAACGGCUUUGGAGGCCAGGGGUGUGAAGCCACGCUGUGGGACCUGCGGCAGCCUGGCUGUAAAGUAGUGGAGUACAGAGGUCACCUCCAGACCACAGCCUGCUGUGUGUUCCUGCCUGUUUGUUGUGGUGGCACAGCCAGAGUGGCGACCUCCUCUCAUGACAGCUCCGUCAAAAUCUGGGAUCAGAACACAGCAGCUUGUCUUGGAACACUGGCCCUGGAUGGUGCCGGUCCACUGGUUGCUCUGGCUCCCAGCGAUCCCAACAACAUUUUGUGUGCCAGCUUCAACUCGGGGCUUCACCACAUCCAGCUGGAAGAAGGAUCUCCUCAGAGCCAGGCUGCUGGUCCCGGCUCAGGCGGCUCGGCGGGCCUGGACAUCAGAGUUGUGGCUCGUUUUUGAUAACUUGUUUUUAAUAUUCAUGUAGAACAUUCUUUUGGCUUCAGGAAAAGCUUCCGUGUUGAGAAGAUCCGGUUGGAGGAGGCACCUUUUCCCACUCAAAGUUUCAAACUUUUCUGUUUGUCAUGAAGACUUUAGAGGAGUUAAACACCGGAGAGGUUUUUCUGGAUCAAUCUCUAAAAGGAUCUGGAUUGAACCCUCCUGAUGGCGCUCCUUUUUAGGGUAAGUUUUUGAUCAACACAGGGCCACAAACCGACAACUUCGGACUGAACUUCUUUGGUAUCACAGCAGAAUAUUUUAGGAUUUCUUUUAAAAAGUAUUGAAAUAGAAGACGGAUUUGUACCAGUUUACCCUGGCUAUCAUCUAAUGACAAACCAGGUAUUAAAAAAUAGAUUUAAAACCAGCUCUUUAAAGGCUGCUGGGAGGAUCCUGUGCAAAGGACUCACUGGUACUGAAGAGACUGAACAGAUUUCUCCAGGUUCUUAACCUGAAUGCAUAUGCAGUCUUAGCUCCAGCAGCUUGUCACAUUCAGACUCGCAUUUUGCCAAUAUUGUUAUUAUUGCGAUUAGUGUUUCUAGUUCUUAGUACCUGGUGGGGCUGACUGAUCUUAACCACCUAAAUUUGGUGAUUCUUAAACAAGUUUGUCUCUUAAAACCACAACAGAACUCUCGUAAAAUGGACUGACGAAACCCUGAAAGUAAUAUAAAAAUGAACAAGUCCGAAUCCUUUUGAAAUAUUUAAUUCAUGCUUUUUUGUUAUUUUUUGUUACAAAAUAACCAACUAAAUUACUUUAUUUACUAUUUUUAAGGUCUGCAUAUUUAUAUUUGAGAGUAGAAAACGUGCAAACACUAUAGAAGAAGUAAUUAAGCUUUUUAUCAGGAUUUACCUACAACACAGAAUCAGAAAUUACCUAUAACUACCUUUUCUUUUACAUUUUUAGUACAACUGCAAACUAUUUGGUUGUAAACCCACUGAAAAUACAAGAUAAUAUUCUGUCAGAUGGAUGUUUUUAGUUUGCUAUGUUUAAAUGAGCAUCAGUAGGAAAACAUUUCCUUUUUUUGCUUAUUUUUUUAAGGAAGAGUUAAAUCUUUUGCUCUGCUGACUUUGACCCUUUCAAUUUUAAAACCAGAAUAUGAGUUCAUCUUAUUUUUUAUAAACUAAAUGAUGUAAAUGUAGCUCCCAUGUUGAUGUGUCAUAGUUUAUUUGUAUUUUUGUCAUUUCCUGCAUAAAACUGGCAAGAGGAAUUCCA